AGACGUCACAACACUACGAAGUAGUAACGAUCAAGUCGUCGACGACGUCAAACGUACGUAAAACUGGUCAGUCUACAGGUAAGAUACUUCGGUCUAUUUUUUGUAAAAUUAAUAGAGAAUAUCUCUAGUCAAUGAGCCAUUAUGACAAUUUUCAUUAUUGACAAUUUGCUUAUGGCAAAAAUUGAAUAAAUAUAAUAAGGAGUACACAGAUCUGAUAGAUAAAAAAAAGGGAUUUCCAGUACACUGAGAGAAAUGUUUUAGGUAAAAAAUUUAGGUAUAAAUUUAUGGAUUAAUGUGAGUUUUUACUUUAUGAAAAAAAACAAAUUACUUUUCUAGUGACCCUAAUAAAGUGCCAACCUUGUUGUCAAAGUAAAAACGAUUAUUGCUGUUGAUUCUACAAAAACAAUUGCAACAUUUCAGAUCGCGACGCCAACUCGGUUUAAAAUGCGAAUUUUUCUCCUCAUGGCCGUCGUUUGCGUCUUUCUUUUUGGAAGCGCCUACAGCGAAGACAAAGCUAUUUUAGCAGUUUGUGGGUCUUAUCCGCUCAAGAAAGUUGAGGAAUGGAGCUCAUUAACAGGAAAACCUGUUGAUUUCAUUCUGAAUGCUAUGAAGCAAAUCGAUAAUGAAAAUUAUAAAAAACUUAUGGAUCUGUAUAACAAGUACGCCGAAUGUACAAGUGGAGCAAAUGAUUACUUCGGAUAA